GCCAAUGAGCAGCUUGACAAGAUCAAAUAUCACUAUAACACAAGGACUUAUUUGAUGAGAAGAGUUACAGCCAGUCUCCCCAUCCAUCGCCAAGGAGUCUCACUUCUUUCAACUUUUCUGAGGUGUAAAUCCACUGUCACCAUGUCUGACACUGAGGAAGUUGAUCAGAUCGAGGAAGAGGUAGUAGAAGUAGAGGUAGCCCCCGAGGCAGCCCCAGAGGAGGAGGUAGAGGAAGAGGAGGUAGAGGAGGAGGCAGAACCCGAGCCUGAGCCUGAGCCUGAGGUUGUAGAGGAGGAAGAGGCCUAUGAAGAGGAAGUGGAGGAAGGAGAACAAGAUGAGGAGAAGCCCAAGUUCAAAGUCCCUAAGGUCCCUGAUGGCGAGAAGGUGGACUUUGACGACCUCCAUAAGAAGCGUCAGAACAAAGACCUGAUUGAGCUGCAGGGGCUGAUCGACGUCCAUUUUGAGAACAGGAAGAAGGAGGAGGAGGAGCUUAUCGCCCUCAAAUCCAGAAUUGUGAGCUGUUAUUACCUCGCCUUUACAGCUGUAAACACAGGUGUAAAUACCAAUUGCAGACCAUUCAGGAAGUACUCUGAGGAGAGGCUGAAGAAGGAGGAGAUGGAUCAAAGGAGAAAGGCUGAUGAUGACGCUAAGAAGAAGUCGGCUCUGACCAACAUGGGCUCCAGCUAUAGCAGCUCACUGCAGAAGGCCGACACUAAGAGAGGAGGUAAGAAGCAGACUGAGAGAGAGAAGAAGAAGAAGAUCCUAGCGGAGCGACGCAAACCUCUCAACAUCGACCAUCUGAACGAGGACAAGCUAAAGGACAAGGCCAAGGAUCUAUGGGAGUGGAUGCACCUACUGGAAUCUGAGAAGUAUGAACACAUUGAGAAACUCAAGAGGCAGAAGUAUGAGGUCAUCUCUCUCAGAAAUCGUAUUGAUGAGCUUCAGAAACACAGCAAGAAGGGAGCCGCAGCCCGCCGCAGAAAGUAAACUGCGCCGCCCUCAGAGGCCUCAGCACCGGCGUGCGUCCGCCAUGCUGCCCACUUCUGUACCGGCAGGGACAACUGCCUAUGCCCGCAAUAGCCAUCCAGACCCCGGCUAGACCCACGUCAUGGAACCGACAAAAUACACUGGAUGUCCUACAGUCUGCUUUCGUAUUAUGUGAAUUAUGUUGUCACAGUCGCAUUCUUCUCAUGUCCUGACCUCUCACAGCGGACUGUUGUUAGGUUCUCAUGUCCUGUCCUCUCACAGCGGACUGUUGUUAGGUUCUCAUGUCCUGUCCUCUCACGCCAGACUGUUAGGUUCUCAUCGUAUUUUUUUUGUAAAUAAAAAAGAGUGACGCUU